CGAAAGACGAGGACGCGGGUAGGUCGUCGUAAGAAUUAGACAGUUUUUCGGUGUUACAAAGUAAAGCCGUUUAUUGAAAGUAAAAGAAAUGUACGCGAAGAUGUUUACAAAAAGCGGCACGCGAACGGACAAGAUACGGAUAUGACGCUCGGACAGACGCAUAGAUAAUUUAUAAUCAUGCGCGGACGGACGGAUGAUGAAAAAUAAACGCGAACGCUCGGACGGACGGACAGAAACAAACGGCCGAUAAGUAAAACGCGCGGACGGACGGCUACGGAAAAUAAUCGCGACGCUCGGACGAAAAGAAUCAGAUACGCGGAAACGAUUGCGGCUAUUAACAACAGUAGGCGAUUCCGACACGAAUUUUUUCGGAUUCGGAAUCCGUUUUGUUUACGCGUUGGCGCGGCCUUGCCGAAGGUCGCGGCCACGGCCAUGGGCGCGCAGGCCCAGUACGACGAUGUCGACGAUGUCGCUCGCGCGCGGUACAGCUGUACCAUCUAUCAUGGUUCGAAAAAGUUCUCUGCUAAAAUUUUAAAAGAAAAUUUGUGUUUUUAAAGCAGAUAAUUUGUGUUUUAAAACAGAGAAUUUGUAUAAUUAGAGAAUAUUUAUAAUUCACACAUUUCAAAUUCGUACACUUUUUGCAUGUGGAAGAUGCAAGUGAUCACAGCGCACGAUUAGGUUCUGAAUCGUUCUGAUUAGCUCGUUAAAUGAUGUCGGUACGACAGGUUUCCUAACCUCAAUAGUCGUCAACUUUAAUGCUUAAUAUCUCGAUUCGUGAGGCAGAGCGACACUUUUUUCUGCCAGAUUCGUUCGUUUCAUGGGAAAACGCGUUGAAUGAGCCUAAUUUCGUAAAAAAUCGAAGGUGGUAGUGGUAAUAUUCUGGAUAAUUACCAUAACAAUAUGAUGAGCGAAGGGAAUGAUCCAAGUGACACCGAAAUGUCUGCUAAGCAAGACGACAAGGAUACGGAUUUUAAUGUGGAUGAUUAUUGUCAUGAAAUGGACAGCGAUGAUUCCUUUACUGAAUUGCCAGAAAACAAUAAUGAUAAUGUAAAGACAAGUAAUCCACAAGAUGGCAAAUAUGCAGGCCCAGUAAUUUUUGGGCAUAGACUCGACAAGAAACUGAUAUGUGUUAAAUAUCCAGGAAAUGUAAUCAAUGUCGAUAAAGCUAUUGAAACAUUAGGUGGCAUUAGUUCUAUUUCCAUGACUGUGGAUGUUCCUAACAGAAGAUUGGAACUACGAUUUAGACCUGACGAUGGUUAUAGUAAACCUACUUGUGGGGAUAGACAUAAUACAAAUGGUUUUUUACUCAGAGUUAGAAUAAAAAGGAAUAAGGUAACACAAGUCAAAAGUGCUACUGUGGAGUUUAUACAACCAAAGUCUGUGGAUAAUACAAACUUAAAAACUGUUACCUUUUGCGUUAGUAAAGAGGAUCUGAAUACAUCACAUUCAAAAAAUGAACAGAUUAAUGCAACAUUUAAUAUUGUAAGAAAAGAGACUAAUUUUGAAGGCACUGCUAGUGUCGAUGAUUUGAUUAAUCAGAAAAAAAAUUGCGACGUUAACUCUCCACAUUGUAGUAGUCAAGAAACAGCUGAGAAAAAAUGUGCUGUAGAUAAUACAGGUUCACAUGAUACAUGCAUAGACAACAAUUUAUCAAAAAAGAAAAAAAUUGUAUCUACUUUUGAUAACAAUAAAUAUGAAAAUUUAUCUCAAGAAACAGAUUAUCAAGUACCGCAACUAAAAAUAUUAGGCAGAAUAGAGACUGAAUUCAAAUUUACUAAUUUAUGUGAUUUUCAAUAUGUACCAAUGACACAGAGCAGAUCAGAUCCAAAAAGAUUGGAAUGCAUAUACGACUUGAUUUAUCCAACAGGCAUUCCAUUAAAAUCUUGGUUAAAGAAUGAUGUACCUUACUUCCUACCACCAGCUGUCUUUAGCAGAAUGGACACUAUACAACAGUACAUACCGAAAACUGAAAUUGACUCAAAUCCGGAGAAUGUGAUUGGUAGAAACAAGAAGGGCCAUGGAGGUUUUCCCAAUUACAUAUACUUCUCUACGUCUGAAGUACCCGCCGUGGCGCCAAAAGGCAUUGAAAGUGCUAUGAAAGUGAAAUUUCUUCGAAAUACGCACUUGGAACGUGUACAUCAGCUCUUCGAGGAGCGCCCAAUUUGGUCGAAAAAUGCUAUUAUGUAUAAGACACAAUUUUCGUCCGAACAGCUCAAGAUAUUAUUGCCAUCGGUAGCAUACUAUUUUAUGACUGGACCAUGGAGAAUUAUGUGGGUGAAACUGGGUUACGAUCCAAGAAAGGAUAUUAAUGCGAGGAAAUAUCAAACAUUGGAUUACAGAUUAAAAGCUAUGCAUGGAUUAGGUUCAACAGUCAGGUGUAAGAGAAAUUAUUCAAAUUAUACAUUACCAUAUAAAUCAGCACCAGUUUCUAAACAGAAACCUGCAGUACUUACCGCUACAUUGAGUCAAGAACAGCAUUCGAAGAAAGAGCGACAUUUGUAUGAGAAUGUGUAUAUAUAUCGCGAGGGUAUGGUACCUCCUUCUCGGCAAAUGUUUUAUCAGUAUUGCGACGUCUUAGUGACAGAAAUACAGGAAAUGUUGGCAAAGCUUCCCGACCCUUUACCUGGUGUAAGAUGUCAUGAAAAGAGAGGAUGGUUGCCACCUGGUUUUGACGUACAAUGCAGAGAAAUUUUAAAUAAACAAGUACGGGCUGUUUUGAGAAAAAAGAUGAAUAUACCUGAGGAUCACCCAACAUCGCUUCCACGGAAACGAAAAAGACAUGGCAUUAGAUUAAAAUAUAAUAAAAUGAUUAAUAAAAAAACAAAAAAAAUUACAACAAAUUCUACAGAAAUUCAAACGGAUGUUCCUUCUACUUCAAAAUUAACAACAGAACACGAUCAAUAACGAAACUUGAAUCCAAAUGAUCAA